GAGUGUAGGUGUUAGAAGAUUAUCGGUUUUUGCAGUAGAAAAAAGCGGUACAGAAUUCCUUUCUUUAGUUACAACAUGCGAGCGUUAAUUAUUUUUUCACACCCUGGCAUCGGUUAUUUUUUUGUUCGUCACACAUUUAUCUAGUUAUAAAAAGAAUUAUUUUUUACAGCGGUAUAAACAGUUUAACAUUUUGAAAGGAAGAGACAUACACAUAUUCUCAUAAAGCAGAAGAGAGUGCGAUUAGCCUUUACAAGCGUAGUUCACUUGAGAGUUACAACUGCGUCACAUGUUACAAAGCAUUUUAUAGCAAGUCAACGUUAGAGUGUCAUUUAAUCAGCGCGAGACACUGCUGGUACACAAAACAAGUGUACCACAUGGCGUGUAAUGAAAUUCACAACCAUUCAAGUUCAAGUCAUGCGUGCAAACUUGUGGCAGCAACAACAUUCCCACAAUAUGUAAUGAAUGAAGGUGUGCAUUCAAGCGAAGAAGGAUAUUGCACGGAUAGCGAUGAAAAUAAAACUCCAACUGAACCAAAAGAUGUUUGCAACUAUGACAACGAAGAUGGUCAAAGAAGAGGCCGAUCUCGACAUCGGACGAACAGCAAAUCAAGACGAAAGAAAAUGGAGGAACUGAAAGAAAUGUAUAAACAUUUUGGUGCAACUAGAGGUUCAAAUGAUUUGUAUCAAACAAUGCUAGAUUCGUACGAUGACUUCUCGGAUCUGAAUGCCGAAAGUGAUAAUGAAAAUACAUUAAUAAAUCACACAGUUAAGCGCCUAAAGAGUGUUACAGAAAAAGAAGCUUUGAUGAAACGAGAUUUGGUGUUGACGGAGCUAGCUGAUACAGAAAAGGAUUACGUAGCAGAUCUGGGAUUUAUAGUCAAUGAUUUUAUUCCGUUGUUAGAAGGAGAUGAUGUUACAACAGCUUUAAAACACACUUUUGAAACUAUAUUUGCUAACAUUCAAGAAAUAUAUAAAUUUCAUUAUAAAAACUUUUCUGAGAAAAUCGAAGACUGUCUGGAGGAACCACGAUUUCUGAAAGAGACGUUUUGCGAGCUGGAAGAAGAGUUAGCAACAUUAUAUUCUCAGUAUUGCAAGUGCAAACCAUCAGCAGAUGAAGCUCUUGAAGUACAUGAAACAGAAAUUGACAUUAUCCGAAAGAAGUAUUUCCCAGAUCGCAAAUUAUCUAUAAAAGAUUAUUUGGUCAAACCUGUACAAAGAUUGAUGAAAUAUCAGCUCUUACUCACAACUAUCAAGCAGUAUUCAUUAAAAGCUGACAUGGAUGUUUCGUUUAUUGAGGAGGCUCUUGUAGUGAUGGAACGUGUACCAAAAAUUGCUAAUGACGCCAUGCAUGUUGAACUGAUACAUGGAUACGAGGGCUUUCUUCCGUCUGAAGAUUUAAUAUAUCAGGAUUCUUUAGACGUGGUCAUUGGCAGAGGAAAGGCAAAACCUAAAACCAUGAGGAUUUUUAUCUUCGAAAAAGUCGUUGUGUUUACGGAGACAAUUAAAAGAUUAAAAAAGCUUCCGUUGUAUAAAUGUUUGGCUCAUGGAAAAACUUCUCGCAUGGGAAUUACAGAAACUGUGGACAAUGACCCCCUGAAAUUUGCAAUUUGGUUUCGGAAAUACAAAUCAACAGAUAUUUAUGUUUGUCAUGCAGAAUCACUAGACACAAAAGAGCACUGGGUACAAGUUUUAAAAGAUGUGAUUGCAAUACAAGCUAUUUUGCAGAACAGAUGUAGCCGCCGCAACAAGGCGUUGAACGAAAGUAUGAGAACAGAAUUAAAUGGCAGGUUGUUAAGCCAACAUCAUUCUGACAUCGUUCGUGAAGAGACGUUGCGACAAGCGUUGCAAGGACACCCACGCCUGGGCGUAAUGUCAGAAAAAUUAAAGGACAGUAUUGAGAGGUACAUUAUCACAGAACUAAUGGAUGCCGAUUACGCAUUUAAUUGUCAUACCAUGUUACAAAAUUAUAAGAACAGGCAGCGCUCCAAAAGUUUGAAUGCAUCAUCGUUGGUUUCUGAAGAGGAUAUGAGACCGCGGUGUCGUCCGAGAAGUGCAAGUUGCGGCUUAGCACGCAGACCUCUCAAAGACAAGACUGUUCAAAGUUCACUGGUUAAGACUGUUUCGAAUGUUAGUUUUCAUCAACUGGAUGCUUAACCUAAUGAUCUCGUUUAUCGUUUUUUGUUUACAAAUAACAAUGUCUUCUGCUUUGGUGUAAUAAGUUUGAAAUAUUUGCGUUUUAAUUUAAAGCUUCGUAAUAUUCCUCUUCCAAUAAAGAAGAAGUUGAGUAGCAGUAGCUGCUCCCUUUUUCCAGUAUAUACUUCUUAAAACCCUUUAUAUCGAGGUAUAAUAUAAAAGUAUGUGUACGUAUGUAUUUUUUUGUACAUAGUUGUUUAAAAAAAUCUAUAUUAUAACACAAGAUUUUGACUGUAAACUGAAAUAGAAUCCAUAGUCGUUAUUGGGCAUAACUAGCCUAAGUACCUGACCGUUUAAUCGUAAACUGUAUGAGGUGCUAGACGGGUUAAACACCUAAUACAGG